CUCUGUGUGGUCUCUUUGGCAUUGUUCAGAACGCUCAUUGGCUUGCAUUGCGAAGAUGUGAUGUUACAGCUAGUUUUAAGGUAUCUGAUUCCAUGUAACCACAUGAUGUUGAGCCAGCGGUGGGCUGUGAAAGAGAGAGACUGUUAUUCUGUAUCUGCUGCAAAACUGCUUGCCCUGACACCAGUCUGCUGCUCCACUGGGAUCACCUUGACACUUGAAAGCCAAGGAAAAGAUUAUAUUCUAUGGACAAAAGCAGCACAAACUAAAGAUUCUGGUAGACGCUCUUCUGAAUCUGCUUGCAUUGUGGAAUAUGGAAGAGCUGUGGACAUCAGCUACUUGCAGUACCUGGGGGAAGCUCAAGAAGCCAUCCUCCAGUGUCUGAAAGAUUGUAAGGUUUGGUCUGCCUUGUAUGAUGGAGUAAACCCUGAUCCAGACACCUUUAUCCAAACGCUUGCUGAGGAGAACAGUACAGAUGUGGAACACCCCAUGUUUCAGCUCCAGCAAAGGACACCUAGCAUGUGCAGCUCCACUCAAGUAACUCCAUUCAGUGAGAAGAUGCAGUUGGAGCUAGAAUGGGAUGAUAGCUAUGACACAGGGAUUUCUCCUGGUUCUGAUGUGAGUUCACCGCAACCGUAUGAUGAUAUGGGAAGCACAGAGAUGCAGCCACCUGCAGAGCCACCAAAACACAUUCAAGAAAUGAAAAAAAAUGCCAUCAUGCUCGUCAAAGGAUCUUACAUAGAGGAAUCAGACUUUCAGGAUGAUGUUAUGGUUUACAGGUUAUGUGCCCAGAAGGAUACUCAAGACGAUUGUAACUCCAAGGAGAAAACUUUAAAUGUAGCCAGAGAACAUAAGGUCCAAAGCCAGACUGUAGUCAAUGGGCAUCUUGCAAAGAACCAGCUGGAAAUGGACUUGGAUGAGCACAGUAAAAGAAACUCAAGCUUGACUCAAGGUGUAAUGAAAGAACAAACCAACCAGAAAAUGACUGAGAAUGAUCCACAGCCAGAUUUUGAGUUGAAGCUUUCUCCUCAGGAGGCAGAUCAUAACUUAAGUGUAAGACUGCUGAGCACAGAUGGUGAGGAUUUCAUUGCACAGUAUGACAAAAUUAUUAAAGAACUGGAUCCAAACAGUGCAAGCUUGGAGGAGCAGAAGUUGGAUACUCCUGACCCUGUCUCUCCUGCGGAAGAGGAAGAGGACUUUGAGAAUUUCUCAGCAGACACCCCUUCUGCAGAGAGCAUGUCAUCGCCCUUUGGACCAAAGGAGGAUGUCUCUCCCAAGCAUGCUGCGAGGAGCCAGAGUGCUCCAUUUACAGGGCCAUUCAUCAGUGUAGUGUUGUCGAAGCUGGAGAACAUGCUGGAGAAUUCUUUGAAUGUAAAUUUGCUGCUUAUUGGGAUUAUUACUCAGCUCGCAAGUUAUCCACAGCCUCUUCUUCGCUCCUUUCUGCUCAAUACCAACAUGGUGUUUCAGCCUAGUGUGCGGUCACUUUAUCAGGUGCUGGCAUCUGUGAAAAAUAAAAUUGAACAUUUUGCUUCCAUUGAAAAGGACUUCCCAGGCCUUCUCCUGGAGGCCCAACAGUACUUGCUUUUUCGUGUGGACAUGUCUGGUGCUGCGGAAGAAUUGCUAACCAAAGGUAAUGUCCAGCACAGCAGCAACGCAGGGAAAGGAAGGAACCUCUCCGAAGCUUGCCCAGCUGUACUCCAGCCUUUCCUGGGACAUAAAGGGAAGAAGGGCCUGGCUCAUCCCGGCCUUCCCGUGCACGUGUUUUUUUUGAAUGCCGUACUCGCAGCUGCCCUUUUCCCGGAGUUCCUGAAGGAGCUGGCAGCUCUUGCCCAGGAACAUUCCAUUUUAUGUUACAAAGUACUGGGGGAUUUCGAGGAUUAUUACUAG